AUGACAUCAUCUGGAUUAGCUUCGAGAUGGGCAGCCGAUGAGACGCUGGUGAAAAAGGCACAGAUCCAGGACAAAGCACCGGCAAGAAAACAGGCAGUUUCCAAAAGCGAUAAGCCUGCGAAAGUAGUGACUUCAUUAAAAGGUGCCCCAUUAGCAUCGAAAUGGGCGUCUGGUCCUGAGGAGAGAAAAUCAUUUGACGCCCAAGAAGGUACAUUACAGAGAUCGCGAGAACCAAGGAGACAAAGGAAAAAUCAUAAAAAUUCGAAAGAUGGUUUCAAGCAUGAAGUUCAGGAGCCAACUAACUUGAACGAGACCGUGAAAUCUCCGAAGAAAACUGCAGCACCUGUUCCUGAGCCGCACUCAGAGGAACACUGGGAAGAUGAGCAGACAGACGAGGAGGAAGAGGAUGUGCAGAAACCUAUAUCUGAGCUCUCUAAGGAUGCACAGGAUCUUGCUGCUCGAUUCGGGGUUUUAAGCAGUGAUUUUAAAGGAAGAAGCGAACCUAAGGUUACCAGUAAGUCAGGAAAGGGGAGAAUACGGAACGAAGAGAAGCACGGAGAGAGACCCAGUCGCGGAGUCAAGCCAGAUAGACUUGAGAAAUCCGAAAAGCCAUCAAAACCGAGCAAAUUAGGACAAUUCAAGACGCACUUGAAUGAUAGGGCACACAAGGGACCCGAGCAUGAAACGUUCAGGGACGCAGCCAAACGGGGUGAACGUGAACGCGGACUUGCUAAGAGCAGAGAAGAGAAAGCAAAGCCCAAACAGAAACCACAGAGAGCGAAGGAAGCUGGUACAGUUCAGGAGGUUGACGCGAAGACGUUUGAAGAGAGACAGCGCGAGUUCGAGAAAAUGAUUGCUGAUUUCUCAACAAGUGGAAACUGGGCGGACGAUGAGGACUUUUAA